UUUCGAGCCGUCCGCGAAGAUGCACCUCUUUGCGCAAGAUCAGACGGAUUACAAUGCGGGAAAUCGGAAUUACAAACGAGACAUCGUCUUCGUAACCAAAUAUAGCAAAUGGAUUCUAAGAUCUCUUGGCAUCUGGCCAUCCGUUCUUAAAGGUGCGGCGAGAUUUUUGCCGAAAAUUGCUAUCGGAAUUGGUAACUUCGUGCUUCUCUUCGCUAUAAUACCGUGUAUCCUGCACAUCAUGUUUGAAGAAAAAGACACUAUAAUAAGACUGAAGCUCUGCGGCUUACUGAGUUUCUGCAUAUCCUCGUUGCUCAAGUACUGGGCCCUUACCGCACGUAAACCGAAGAUCCAGAAUUGCAUCGAACAGGUGGAAACCGAUUGGAUGCAGGUAGAACUUCCUAAAGAUCGUGAGAUGAUGUUAAAGUACGGUCAAGUGGGUCGGAAUCUGAUGAUCAUCUGCGCCGCGUUCAUGUACAGCGGCGGUACAAUAUACCACACGAUCAUGCAAUACGCGAUCGGCACGUUCAUCGACGAGCAUAAUCAAACCAUCAAGCCGUUGGUUUAUCCGACUUACUCUGUUCUUUUCGACGUGCAGACAAGUCCCGUUUACGAAAUAGUCUAUAUCGUUCACUGUAUGUGCGGGUACGUGAUGUAUUCUAUAACAGUCGGUGCUUGUGGAUUAGCCGCGCUUUUCGCGACGCACGCCUGCGGACAGAUUGAUAUCGUUGUGUCGCAUUUGAACGAUCUCGUGGACAGUAAAACAGUCGAAACAACAACGAUUUUGGACACGCGAUUCGUAGCAAUCAUUGAGCACCAUUUGCAAAUUUUAAGGUUUACGGCAAAAGUAGAAAUGAUAUUACGUGAAGUAUGCUUCGUGGAGUUUGUUAGUUCCACUUUCAUGAUAUGCUUACUGGAAUAUUAUUGUAUUACGGACUGGGAGCAAAGUAAUACGAUUGGCCUUACAACUUAUACGAUGCUGUUAAUAUCCUUGACAUUUAAUAUAUUUAUACUAUGCUAUAUUGGUGAUCUCUUGAUGGAAAAGACCAGUAGCGUGGGUAUGUCUUGCUUUAUGAUAAACUGGUACAACUUACCGAGUAAAACUAUACAAGGACUCGUUUUAGUCAUAGCUAUGUCGGGUAGUCCAGCUAAAAUUACCGCCGGUAGCAUUGUCGAUUUAUCGUUAGCUACUUUUGUAAAUGUUCUUAAAACAUCGUUGGCCUAUUUAAGUUUCCUACGAACGACCAUUAUAUGACUGAUCUUAACUGUUACAUUAUUGUUAUACUACAUGUAGAAAGAAAAUAUAGAAAGAAAUUUUUAAGA